AUGGUUGAGGUUGGAAGUGACCUCUGGAGUCAUCUUGUUGAUGUGUGCAGGUUCUACCAAUACCUGGCCAGCCAUGGCCAUAUGAUGAAGUACGAGCCCUUUGAAGAUGGCUAUGCAAAUGGUGAGGAAGGCACACCAGCUGGGGAAGCAGCUGCCACUUAUGCACCUGAUAGCAAAGGGGUGGUCAAGUUUGGCUGGAUAAAAGGUGUAUUGGUACGAUGUAUGUUAAAUAUUUGGGGUGUGAUGCUCUUCAUCAGACUAUCAUGGAUUGUAGGACAAGCUGGGAUAGGUCUGUCUGUCUUGGUUAUUGGAAUGGCCACUGUUGUGACAACUAUUACAGGACUGUCUACUUCAGCAAUUGCCACAAAUGGGUUUGUAAGAGGAGGGGGAGCAUAUUACUUAAUUUCCAGAAGUCUGGGGCCAGAGUUUGGUGGCGCCAUAGGUCUGAUUUUUGCAUUUGCCAAUGCUGUUGCAGUAGCAAUGUAUGUUGUUGGCUUUGCAGAGACAGUUGUGGAGCUGCUCAAGGAAAAUGGAACGUUGAUGGUUGAUGAAAUGAAUGAUAUCAGAAUCAUAGGGGCUAUCACAGUGGUCAUAUUGCUGGGUAUUUCUGUUGCUGGAAUGGAAUGGGAAGCAAAAGCACAGAUAGUCUUACUGGUGAUCCUCAUACUUGCUAUUGGAGACUUUGUCAUAGGAACAUUUAUUCCUUUGGAUAGCAAGAAGCCUAAAGGUUUUUUUGGUUAUAAAGCUGAAAUAUUUAUGGAGAAUUUUGGACCAGAUUUCCGACACGAGGAAACUUUCUUUUCUGUAUUUGCUAUUUUCUUCCCUGCUGCAACUGGCAUACUUGCUGGUGCAAAUAUCUCAGGUGAUCUUGCGGAUCCUCAGUCAGCCAUACCUAAAGGAACGCUGUUGGCCAUCUUUAUUACUACAAUGGUUUACGUAGGAAUUGCAGUAUCUGUAGGUUCCUGUGUUGUUCGAGAUGCCACAGGGAACAUUAAUAACACCAUUGUCACCGAGCUGACAAAUUGCACUACUGCAGCUUGCAAAUUAAACUAUGAUUUCUCAUCCUGUCAGACAGGAUGUCAGUAUGGGCUGAUGAACAAUUUCCAGGUGAUGAGCAUGGUAUCGGGAUUUGCCCCACUGAUUUCUGCAGGUAUUUUUUCAGCCACCCUGUCUUCUGCAUUAGCAUCCCUUGUGAGUGCACCUAAGAUCUUCCAGGCUUUGUGCAAGGACAACAUUUAUCCAGGAUUUCAGAUGUUUGCUAAAGGCUAUGGGAAGAACAAUGAACCACUGAGAGGAUAUCUUCUAACAUUUUUAAUUGCUCUUGGAUUCAUACUAAUUGCUGAACUGAACGUCAUUGCUCCAAUUAUUUCUAACUUCUUCUUGGCCUCAUACGCCUUGAUUAACUUCUCUGUAUUCCAUGCUUCUCUUGCAAAAUCUCCAGGUUGGCGCCCUGCUUUCAAAUACUACAAUAUGUGGAUUUCUCUUGUUGGAGCUAUUCUGUGCUGCAUUGUGAUGUUUGUCAUUAAUUGGUGGGCAGCACUUCUAACAUAUGUCAUAGUCCUUGGACUCUACAUUUAUGUCACAUACAAGAAACCAGAUGUGAACUGGGGAUCCUCAACGCAAGCUCUGACUUACUUGAAUGCACUACAGCAUUCUAUUCGGCUCUCGGGAGUAGAAGAUCAUGUGAAAAACUUCAGACCUCAGUGCUUAAUUAUGACAGGUGCUCCAAAUGCACGUCCAGCUUUGCUUCACCUUGUCCAUGCUUUCACCAAGAAUGUGGGCUUGAUGAUCUGUGGCCACGUACACAUGGGUCCUCGGAGGCAAGCCAUGAAGGAACUGUCAACUGAUUUGGCUAAAUAUCAACGAUGGCUAAUUAAAAACAAGAUGAAGGCUUUCUAUGCACCAGUGCAUGCAGAGGACUUAAGGGAUGGAGGACAAUACUUAAUGCAGGCUGCUGGUCUGGGUAGAAUGAGACCUAACACCCUUGUUGUUGGAUUUAAGAAAAACUGGAGACAAGGUGACAUGAGAGACGUUGAAACCUAUAUCAAUUUAUUCCAUGAUGCCUUUGACAUUCAGUAUGGUGUAGUUGUCAUCCGCCUAAAGGAGGGCCUGGACAUCUCUCACCUUGAAGGCCAAGAAGAGUUACUGUCAUCCCAAGAAAAAUCUCCAUGUACCAAGGAUGUCAUAGUAAAAGUGGAUUACAGCAAGAAGGCCGAGACAGACACUUCUAUAGCUUUUGCUCCAUCAUCUAGUGAAAGAACUACCACUCUACAUAAAGAGGAGGACGAGGAUGGAAAGACUCCAACACAACCACUGUUGAAAAAAGGUUCAAAGAGCCCAUCUUCUCCUCUGAACUUGGCUGACCAAAGACUUCUUGAUGCUAGUACUCAGUUUCAGAAGAAACAAGGCAAAAGCAAUAUUGAUGUCUGGUGGCUCUUUGAUGAUGGAGGUUUGACAUUGUUGAUUCCGUAUCUUCUUACAACCAAGAAGAAGUGGAAAGACUGUAAGAUCAGAGUGUUCAUUGGUGGAAAAAUAAACAGGAUUGAUCAUGACAGAAGAGC